AUGGCGCCGCCGAAAGACGAUCCGAUGUCUGAGGACUCAUACGAGUCUGAUCAAUCUGAAACAAGUCAAACCGAAGUUCAAGACCGCGCACCCAAACGCCGCCGCCUCUCCGAGUCCUCCGAUGAUGGCUAUGUAGCCCCGGCACCGCUCCCCACCGUCUCUCGUAUCAAGAAGAAAGACAACACAAAGAAGCCUGAGCCAACGGGCGAAGAGGAGCCUGUCACGAUCGCAGAUGCUCUCAAAAUCGGUCUAGAAGCCGAAGCAUCCACAUUCGGAGCUCUUACUGUGGCUCCUUGGCUCGUGGGUUCCUUGUCGACUAUGGCUAUUCGACGCCCGACGGCUAUUCAGAAGGCGUGUAUUCCGGAGAUUCUGAAGGGACGGGACUGCAUCGGUGGUAGUCGGACUGGUUCCGGAAAGACCAUAGCCUUUGCGGUCCCGAUCUUGCAGAAAUGGGCUCAAGAUCCUUUUGGUAUCUUUGCGGUUGUGUUGACGCCGACGAGAGAACUUGCGCUGCAAAUAUUCGAGCAAUUCAAGGCCAUCUCCGCCCCUCAAAGCAUGAAGCCCAUCCUCAUCACCGGUGGCACCGAUAUGCGCCAGCAGGCAAUCGCACUUGCCUCCCGCCCUCAUGUCGUCAUUGCGACACCCGGUCGUCUGGCAGAUCACAUCAAGACGUCUGGCCAGGAUACAGUGGCUGGAUUGGGUCGGGUAAAGAUGGUUGUACUCGAUGAGGCGGAUCGAUUGCUCGCCAGUGGACAAGGUAGUCAGCUGCCCGAUGUGGAAACCUGUCUUUCUGCACUCCCACCUUCGUCGGAGAGACAAACUCUAUUGUUCACAGCGACCUUGACUGCCGAGGUGCGCGCGUUGAAAUCAUUGCCACGCACACCGAACAAGCCUCCCAUCUUCGUGACUGAGAUCUCCACCGAGAACCAAGGCAACAUCCCUCCCACCCUGAAGCAAACGUACCUAAAGGUUCCUAUGACACACCGUGAAGUCUUCCUGCAUGUGCUGCUCUCUACCGAAGAGAACGACACCAAACCCGCCAUCAUCUUCUGUAACCACACCAAGACCGCCGAUCUCCUCGAGCGCACUCUCCGUCGACUCGGUCAUCGCGCCACUUCCCUCCACAGCCUUCUCCCUCAGUCUGAGCGUACCUCUAACCUCGGUCGGUUCCGCGCUGGCGCUGCCAGAAUACUGGUUGCCACCGAUGUUGCGUCUCGUGGUCUGGAUAUCCCGUCUGUCAGCCUUGUCAUCAACUUUGAUGUGCCUCGGAACCCAGACGACUACGUCCACCGUGUCGGUCGUACGGCUCGUGCGGGUCGCACUGGUGAGGCUGUUACUCUGGUCGGACAACGUGACGUGGAGCUUAUCCUUGCCAUCGAGGAACGUGUGGACCGACAGAUGGAAGAGUGGGCCGAAGAAGGCGUCAGCAUUGAGGGCCGUGUGACGAGAACCGGUGCACUGAAGGAGGUCGGCUCUGCCAAGCGUGAGGCUAUGGGCGAGAUUGAUGAAGGCCGUGAUGUGCUGGGUCGAAAGCGAAACAAGUUGAAGAAGGUCCGGUGA